AUGCUAAAAGUAAGUACCUUUAACAUAUUCAACACUUUUCUCACCUAUCCAAUUAGAAGUCGUCUAAUAACUCAAGCUUUAGACUCUAUGGGCAGCUCUAUAGUUGGAUUUCAAGAGGUAAAUUUCGAAGGAAACCGCAACAUCUACACAAGAACCGGUUUUAAUUUUAUUUUUUCUCCUCUUCCAGAGCCAAUGUUUUGGAAUGAUCCAACCUUUCGCAUUGAUGGGAAUGGAAUUUUGAUUAAAUCUGACAUCAAGAUCAUAUCUGAAAGUUAUUUCACCUACCGCUCAAGUAUUCGUGUAGCCCAACUUAUGAAGAUUCGCAUAGAAAACAAAGAAAUGUAUAUUGUGAACACUCAUUUAGACCAUAUUUCCGAGGAUGAAAGACUUAGCCAAGCUUCUCAGUUAUUGGAAUGAAUUAGGAAUUACUUGGGAUUUCCUAUUAUUCUAUUGGGAGAUUUCAAUUGUAUUCCUGAUUCACCAACUUAUAAUUUAUUGACAAGGCAUUUUAGGUCAGCUAUGAAAACAAUACAUGGAAAAGAGCCAGCUGUGACCUGGCCAACAGAGCUUUUAGGAUCAAAGGAAGUUUGGGGACAAUAUGGAGAGGCUGAUUGUUACGAUUAUAUUUGGUUUAAGAAUAUCAAUGUAAAAUCCGCAAACAUAAUUACCGAUAUAAAAGAUGGUAAUAUUUGUCCUAGCGACCACUAUCCAUUAGAAGCAGUUUUCGAAUUAAAUUUUAACUAA